AUGGCCACCACUAACGACCCCAACUCUUUUCCCACUAUUCGCGCCAGCUUGUCCGCAGUUCCGACUGCUCCAUACCCUCCUUCGCCUGUCGAGGCCAAGUACUUCUACUACGACAUACCCUCUCAGCCCCCUUUGGUCGCUCGCUCCAGCGCCAACAUCUGGGUCAAGCCGACGGGCCCCGAAGCAUACUUUGAUCCCAAGGAGUCUAGUCCUAUCGUUCGCAUGGGGUAUGCUGGCGAGUCUUCCCCUCCCGUUAUCAUAUGGAUAGGAGUUGUCCCUGGCUCCCUCUCUGCCGAGGAUGGCAUCGAGGUCACGACUCACUGCAAGAGUAUCCUUUCCGCUCACGAUAUUGAUGAUGUCCACAUCGAAAUUUGCAAGUCGGAGGUUAUCUGCUCCGCCGGUCCCAAGAUGUACAAUGCGAACUGGGUCCAGACUCAUACACUUCACCCCCUUGGAGUCCAAAUAGUCAACCAUGGUGGGACUGACCGUGGCCUCCCAGAUCUCUCAGAGAGGGUGCAAACCAAUAGGACUAGACUCCUUACAAAUAAAGUAUGCUUCAGGGCCCAUCGGCUUGACCCAGACAUUGGCGCUGGAGCGAGCGACCAAAGGGGGCUGAGAGGGUAUGCCAUAGUAGAAGCACUUGGCCUCGACAGGCAAAGGAGGGUAUGGAGCAGUUGGAACUGCAGCAGGGACAGUGUAGCCGGACAAGCUGGCGCGAAUAGUGGGAAGAGAGUUGGGGUCACACUGGGGAAAGAGAACACGAAAGGAGAAAUUGAGAUAGGGGAAGCAGCAAAGGAGAAACGGAACUCACUUGACGAAAGAGUUGAGCGAUUAGUCCCCACCUCCAACGCCACCGCCCGGGCCCGAGAGCCUUUCUCCACUGCCCUCGGUCUCCCCAUUUGCGCCGAAGUUACCCCAUCCAUCGAGGGAACUGGCGGAUUCUUCAUCUCGGACCCUCGCAAACCCGGCAAGAUCUACCUCGUCACGGCCAGACACGUCGUCUUCCACACUGAUAAGGGUUCCAACGAGCUCUACCAGCACCGCGACUCCAGCCAGCGCCGCAGGAACGUCUUGCUGUUUGGCGACGCCGCUAUCGAGAAGCAUAUCACGGCCAUCGAGUCCGAGAUCGGCAGCAAGCAUAUCAUCAUCAAGCAGCUCGAGAGGCGGUUGGAGAUUGCUGAGCAGCUGGAUGAGGAGGACGCUGAGGCGGAGCGGAAUCAAGUCCUGCCCCAGUUGGAGGAGGCGAGGAAGGCGAUCGGAGCCCUCGAGAAGUUCCUCGCGGACGACUCCAGAGACUGGAAGAAGCGGGAGAACCGUGUCCUCGGCUACAUCGUUCUGUCUCCCCCCAUCGGUCUCGACGUCGGGGAGGAAGGGUUCACGGAGGACUGGGCGGUGAUUGAGAUCGACGAUUCCAAAGUCGACUUGACCAACUUCGUCGGAAACGUCAUCGACCUCGGCACCACCAUCCCCGUCGACAAGUUCACGGCCUGGAUGAUUCCCCACUCCGCCAACCCGCCUUCGUUCGAGUAUCCGGGAAGCCGUCUCCUCGAGUCGUACGGCACCAUCUCGGACGAGGAGAUGUGGAAGUCUAGCCCGAAGACCCUCGACCACGACAACGACCCGUGCAUUAUGGUCAUCAAGCGCGGCUACGCCUCCGACCUCACCGUCGGACGCCUCAACGCCAUCCGUUCGUUCACCAGGGUCUACUUCAAGGGCCAGCCCGGUCAGAUGUCGAAGGAGGUCGCCGUCUUGCCUCGCAACUACAAGUCUGGUGCCUUCUCCAGGCCUUGCGACUCUGGCUCGGCUGUCGUCGAUGGCAAGGGCAGGUUUGCCGGCUUGCUCACUGGCGGCGCUGGAGUUACUGAAGAGUCCGACUGCACCUACCUUACCUCCAUCAACUUCCUCCUCAAGCGCAUGUUGGAGCACGGUCUCAAGGCUAACCUCUCCCCCUCCCUCAAUGCUUAA